GCCUCGUGCAUUGGGGAGACGUGCCCCUCUCGUGGCGAUGCCCUGCUCCAGCAUCACGUUGCGCAUGAGAAAGUGGAGACCGCAGUUCAGACCGGAGGUUAUGAGCUGGGAGGAGACAACACGGAGAGCUGCAGCUACCAGCGGGAGCGCCUCGACUCGCCCACGGAGUGCCGGGAGGCAGCGGCGGCUCUGGGCUACAGCUAUGGCUAUACCGGCUCCUACAGCGGAUGGCCUCGAGACUGCUUCAAGUACAGAGAUCUGGUCUACUUCAACGAAGACAUCGUCAAUUCCGACGGAAGACAUGAUGCCCGCCUGCUCUGCAAGCGCAUUACGCCGACGACGACCACCACUACCACGACCAUCUUGCAUGAGAACGUGGUGAGCUACACAAUCGGUGCCCCUGGCUUCGAUUGUGCGGAAGGCCAUGUGGUUGCAACGCACGCGGAGUGCGCCAGCAGUGCAUUAAUCACGCAGGUCGGGAUCCACUUCUCCAACUGGGCAUCAACGAACACAAUGCAGUUUGGCUGCCUCUACUCCUCGAGCACGCAUGCCUUGUUCUUCAAUUACUUCGAGGGCGGCAGUGUCGAUUACAACUACUCCCCUGUUUGCAAGACCGAGACGAAUCCAGUCAUUCGCAAUUUCAACAUGGGAGACUUCGACACUAACACUUGCAGCUCGGGGCAGCCCAUCGACGACUCAGAGCUGUGCCGAGAGGCUGCAGCAUGGUAUGGCGACGUCUUCUCCGCCAGCGGAAGCUAUUCAGGCUACCCGACAGGCUGCUUCAAGUUCUUGAACAGCGAUGUCUACUUCAACCGGCAUGAAGGUAACCAUCCCAACACCAAUGCGGCGCCCAUCUGCAUUGGAUGA